UUAACCAAUGAUGAGCUGACAGGAGACGGCAUAGUGCGGGCGAGGAACGCAGAUAUGUUGAAGAAACUUUUUAUUUACCUGUUUGUUUUCUUCAUUCACAACCAUGAGCCAGCUGACGGCCAGAAAAAGAAAGAGACUCUGCUGUCAGAGAAGGUGACACAGAUGAUGGAGUGGACCUCCAAGCGUUCAGUCAUCAGGAUGAACGGAGAUAAGUUUCGUCGCUUUGUCAAGGCUCCUCCUAGAAAUUACUCUGUGAUCAUCAUGUUUACAGCUCUGCAGCCACAGAGACAGUGUGGGGUAUGCAGACAAGCUGAUGAGGAAUACCAAGUUCUGGCUAACUCCUGGCGUUAUUCCUCUGCCUUUACUAAUAAAGUCUUCUUUGCAUCUGUUGAUUUUGAUGAAGGAUCAGACGUCUUUCAGAUACUGAAUAUGAAUUCUGCUCCAACCUUCCUCCACUUCCCAUCAAAAGGAAAAACUCGCUUAUCUGAUACCUAUGAGCUGCAGGUCCGAGGCUUUGCAGCUGAACAGCUUGCUAGAUGGGUGGCAGACAGAACAGAUGUACAGAUCCGAGUUAUUCGUCCUCCCAACUACGCUGGGCCUCUCCUACUGGGCUUUCUCCUGGCUGUGAUCGGAGGAAUGGCAUAUCUACGAAGACACAAUUUGGAGUUUCUCUUUAGCAAGAAUGUCUGGGCCUUCUCUGCACUGUGCUUUGUCCUGAUCAUGACUUCAGGCCAGAUGUGGAACCACAUCAGAGGACCACCUUAUGCACACAAGAACCCUAGCACCGGACAAGUUAGUUACAUUCAUGGCAGCAGUCAGGCCCAGUUUGUGGCUGAGACACACAUCGUCCUACUCUUCAAUGCUGCUGUUACCAUGGGAAUUGUGCUGCUUUGUGAGGCUGCCACGUCUGACAUAGACAUUGGAAAGAGGAAGAUUAUGUGUGUAGCAGGUAUUUGUCUGGUGAUGCUGUUCUUCAGCUGGCUGUUGUCCAUUUUCAGAGCCAAGUACCAUGGAUACCCAUACAGCUUCCUGAUGAGUUAGACGUGACCACAUGAGAACAAGUUUUCCACUUCACAAGUUCUGUCAAUAAGCAGAGUGCUGUCCAAGGCAACGAUGCUGCAUUACUGUUUUCUAAGCCAUGAAUUGACCUCUGAUCCGUCAAGUCAUAGGUGUGUAUCAAAACAUAUAAAAACACCAUGUGCCUGUACAGCAGGACCCUCGUCACCUGUAUGUAUACUAGAUUCUCAUCUGCCAAAAGGUGUGUACUCUGCAAAAUGCCAAUUUCGUAUAAUGUUUUGUGUGUAUCUUUAAUGGUUGAGACCAUAGUGAGGUUCUUUGCUCAGGUUUAACUUAGUUUGUGUGGGGUGGAGGUAUUAGCCUACUGGAUUUGAAUACUAUAAGUGUUUUAGAUGAAGGGAUUAAUGUUUUACCAAAUCAACCAUACUUUUCCCAUUCAUUUAUAACUUGCAAAAUAUAAAAAUGUUGAAUGAAAGCUAAUGCUGCUAAUUUCUCUUAAAACAACUGCACACAUAAUAAUGCUGUAUUUAUCAGGUCACUGGUGGCAGAGUGUCAGUUUUCACACAAUUAGUUCACUACAGUUCACUACACCUUGAAUACAUUUUUUGUCCCCUAUUAAGAAGAAUAGCCUGAACCCUAGAUUCAUUAGAUUAAUUCAUCAGAGGUGUCUGGUUGCCUUAUCAGGUUGUAUUAGGAGAGAAUAUUUGAUAAUUUCUGACAUAAAGUGCCUUAACUACUUA